AUGGGUGGCACCGGCUCUUCAUCUAAACGAAAAUCUUCUAAGAAGAAAAGCUCCAAGAAUUACUCUAAGAUUUCAAGGAAGAAGAAAAUUGGGAGAAAUGAAUACAAGAAGCGUAGCCAUCGACAUGAUUCUGUUUCGUCAUACUCUGAUGACGAUUCAAUAAAUUCAGCUAGCAUUUCAACCGCCCGUCCAGAAUCUGAUAAUAAGAGUAGAAAAAAUAAGUAUAAAAAGAUAAGGCGUGAUCAUUCAAUUUCUUCGUAUGAUAAUUUUAUGAAUUCAGCUUCUGAGUCCCUAUCCAGUCUGCACAAUGGCUAUAGGCAUGGGAAAGCCAAAUCUGGCUCACAGGGUAGAAGGAAAAGAGCCCGUGAAAGAUCUAUCAGCCCUGUCAGAAAUAAGGAUUCACACCAUGUAAGAAAAAGAAAAAGAUCGAAAAGAAACCGUGAUGUUAAGACCACUAAGAAAUCCUUAAAGAAGUCCAAAAAACAUACGAGGGUCAGUUCUUCAAGCUCUGAUUCACAGAGCUGCUCCACAUGCCGAAGUAGAAGUAGAAGUAGAAGUAGUGAGAGGACUACAGAAAGAGAAAGGGCAAAAGUAAUGCGUGAUAAGGAAAUAGAAAGAGCGAGAGGUAGGGAUGCACAUAAGGUUCACAGAAAGCGCAAAGUUAGGUCUCCUAGUUGUUGUUCAUGUAGUCGAGAUAGUGACCAUAGUGUUAGUCAAACUGAAGUAGUGGCAACUGCAAAUAGUUCUAGGCGUCUGAGAUCAGUUAUUGCUGUUGUGGAACAACCCCAUGACAAAGAGGAAAACAAAUGGGAGACAGAUCCAAAUAAAGAAGAGCUUGUGUACAAUCACGAUGAUUUCCCUUCUCCUAGAAGCACUGAAAGUGAUGAUGUGGGGAGUAAAGAGGAGUCAGAUUAUCAUUCUCAAGGUGCAUCCAAUAAGAAGAGUCGUCAUGAAUCUAUGACAGGAGAAGAAAUAACUAAACACUCAUUCACUGGAACGGAGGGUAAUGAUCGAAAAGUUCAUGCUGUGGAUUCUAAGUCAAAAGAGGUUGAUUCAAAUGCUUUAGAGAAGAAAAGAAUAACUGCCAUUUCUGUUUCUGUUACUGAUAUAGGUGGGGAUGAUCUGGAGUCAACUCUGAGACAAAAAGCUUUGGAAAACUUGAGGAAGUUCCGAGGGGGACUUCAACCGAGUUCUAAUGCUAACCUGAAAAUUGAUAAUGAGAGUGAUGUUAAUAAGAUUUCCAGUGCAGGGGCUAAUAUUAUUCAGAACAAAUCAACCAAGCAGGAUUGCUCUAAUGUGGCUUGUCUUACUCGAGAAACGAAUUAUAGUAGUAUGCCGGCAUUAAAAAGGAAUUUAUCUCAUCACAAAGAGAUUACGGAAGAUAUUACGGGUCAUGAAGAUGUUGGGAAGGGGCCUAUAACCAAUAAACAGAAUGCCCUUCAUCCGUCUGAUGGGACUGCAUUGCCCAUUCCUUCAGAAAAUGAGGAUUAUACUGCUGCUCAUGCGGUUAUUAGUAAUCCUGCAUCAAGCACCGAUCCUAAUCGGGGUGCAGGAGCUACUAAUGCAUGUAGUUCUGCUACCAUGGAAUCAACUUGUGUUGAACCAACUUCUGGAGAGCAUAACUUAAAGGACCCGCUAAAUGAAGCCAAGGAUAGUUCAGAGUUUGAGCAGAAAAGAAUGACUGUAAUGAGGGGUGGUGAAAUGGUAGAGGUGAGCUAUAAGGUUUACAUCCCGAAAAGAGCACCUGCUCUAGCUAGGAGGCAACUCAGGCGGUGA